CGUGAAUGUUGGAAGCAAAGCCGAAGACGACUUCCUGAAACAGUUCAUGGCAAGACUUAACGCGACAAUAUUUUGGAUGGGACUUACAGACGAAAUAUCGGAAGGGCGCUGGAUAUGGCGGGACACGGGGUUGGAGCCCACAUACACGGGGUGGAGCCCGGGGGAGCCAAACUCGUUUCAGGGGGAGAAUGAGGACUGUUCUAUCUUCUACGUUACCACGAACUACGCCUGGGCCGACGCCUCUUGUCUUGGGAAAUUUCCGCCAUGUUGUGAGAUAGAUUUGAGCAAUAGUGGGGGUGUUGUCGGCUAGAACCUACCUUCGUCAUGUUCUCGGCUAGAACCUACAUUUAUCAUGUUCUGGGCUGUUAUAAACGUUUAGUUCAAGACUAA